AUGAGAAAGUAUGUUCAUCGCUUCAACGUGGAGGUAGCUAAAUUGGGAAAGUUAUCCAAGUACGAGCUAAAUAUGGCCAUCAUCGCAAGGAGUCGCCAGAAGAGUUAUUCAGAUCAGAAACGCAGGAGCGUAGAAUUUCAGGUUGGUGAUCAUGUAUUCCUCAGGGUUUCACCCCUGAGAGGAGUAAAACGAUUUGGCGUUCGGGGCAAGCUGAGUCCCAGGUUUGUUGGCCCAUUUGAGGUUCUAGAACGAAUUGGGGAGGUGGCUUAUAGGUUAGCAAUGCCUCCAGCUUUAUCAGGAGUUCAUGACGUGUUUCAUGUGUCCAUGCUCCGGAAGUAUGUUUCGGACUCUACUCAUGUGUUGAGCUAUGAGAACUUGGAGUUGGAUCGGGACUUAUCAUACGAAGAAAAGCCUGUUCAGAUCCUUGAUAGGAAGGACAAGGUCUUGAGGAGCAAGACCAUCCCCUUGGUUAAAGUAAUGUGGAGAAACAGCAAGGUCGAAGAGGCGACAUGGGAACUGGAAUCAGAUAUGCGGGAGCGGCAUCCCGAG